AUGACUGUAAAUGAAGUUUAUGAAAAGGUGAUGACUAUCAAGUCCAUCAAUCCACUCGUAAAGAACGUCGAGUAUGCUGUUAGAGGAAAGUUGGCUAUACGUGCAGAAGAGCUUAAACAAGAACUGGAAGAGGGUAAAGAAUAUCCUUUUAGUAGGGUCGUCAACUGUAAUAUUGGUAAUCCUCAGCAAUUGAAUCAACAGCCUAUUAAGUUCUACAGACAGGUAUCUUCUCUUUGUGAUAACCCUGAUUUACUGAAGAAGGAAAAUUAUCAUCUUGUGUCCCAAUUAUACCCCACAGAUGCUAUAGAAAGAGCCAAGAAAUUGAUGAAAUCCAUUGGUAGUGUUGGUUCAUAUUCUCACUCACAAGGGGUUCCGGCUAUUCGCCAAACGGUCGCGCAGUUCAUCAAGGAGAGAGAUGGCCAUCCAUCUGACCCCAACCAUAUCUUUUUGACGCAAGGUGCAUCUUCAGGUGUACAGACAUUGCUCUCCCUGUUGACUGAAAACUCAAAUAGUGGCAUCAUGAUCCCUAUCCCACAGUACCCACUCUAUUCCGCCUCACUUGCUUUAUAUGGUGCAACACCUGUUCCUUAUUAUCUAAAUGAAGCCACAGGAUGGAGCUUAGACGUUGAUCAGCUCACAGAUGUAAUCACACAGGCACGAAAGGAAGGUACAGACGUAAGGGCACUUGUUAUUAUCAACCCAGGAAAUCCUACUGGCCAAUGCCUUACAGCAAAGAAUAUGGAAGAGAUUGUUAGCUUCUGUUAUCAACAAAGAAUUGUGUUGUUGGCAGAUGAGGUGUACCAAACAAACAUUUAUCAACCAGAAGAAAGACCAUUCGUCAGCUUCAAGAAAGCCUUGAUGGAUCAUCCCAUACCCGAAGUAAGAGAAAACUUGGAACUGGUUUCAUUCCACUCUAUUUCAAAAGGAAUGAUUGGUGAAUGUGGACGUCGUGGUGGAUACUUUGAAUGUGUAAACUUGGACAGUCAAGUAUUAGAACAAAUAUACAAGAUGGCCUCUGUUUCUCUUUGUCCAAAUGUCCACGGACAAAUCUUGGUGGAUUUAAUGUGCAACCCUCCCAAGCCAGGGGACCCUUCUUAUGAGUCAUACAAGCAAGAAAUUGAGUCUAUUUAUGAAUCUUUACGUCGCAGAUCUAAAAAACUAGAACAAGUAUUCAACAGAAUGGAAGGCGUCACUUGUCAACCAGCUCAAGGAUCUAUGUACUUGUUCCCUCAGAUAACCUUACCACCAAAGGCUGUUGAAAAGGCUAAAGAGUUAGAUAUGGCUGCUGAUGCUUACUAUUCAUUAGCUAUGCUCGAAGCAACUGGCGUUUGCGUUAUACCAGGUUCCGGAUUUGGACAAAAGGAAGGAACAUGGCACUUUAGAUCCACAUUCUUACCUGAAGAGCACUUGUUUGACGAAUUCUGUGGUGCUUUAGAAAAAUUCCAUAAAGAAUUUAUUGAAAAGCAUACCUAA